CUCUCCGGCCCGAAUAGCUCGAUUGCUCAGCCGCUUCGCCAGCAGAAAUCGAUUUGUGCGGCCCGCGGCACUCCCUGGCAUACCAGCAAGCUCCAGUCCGACUGGCGUCGAGUUUUACUGCGUGCGCGCUGCAAAAACAUUGACCAAAGAGCCAAGGCGUGUUCCUGACGCGUAGAGACGCGGCACGGCCGCGCGGGCACCAGUAAGCGCCCAAAACCACACGCGCCGCCAGCGCAGCGGUCCUAGACCAGCGCGGCGCCGAGAUACGAGCCAAGCCACGAUGGUGGACGAAAUCGACGACCAAGUCAUCCAGGAGUCCGACAACACGUUAAGUACUGGAGAAGAACGGGUGCGCGUCCAGAUCCCGGCGCCCUACGUGCCGCCUCCACAGCAGCAGUACGAGUCGCCGGCCCAGGAGGACGAUGCUUACGCUGUGAGAGAAUCCCGCGAGGCCUCGAAACGCGUGAGAAAAGCGACGCAAGCGGUUUUGGACGGAGGCGGCGGUGAUGGGAAUGAUAGUGAUGGAUCGUUCACCGUGAAGGAGCGGCGCCCGAAGCGCGCCAGGCCGGCGCCGACGGGCGAGGUGAGAAGGGCCCACCGCGGCACGACGACGGAGCCGCCCAUUCGCGUCGGCCAAGAAGUGUGCCUGAAGGGCGAAGCCGAACGCGGCAUCGUGACCGAACGGUUGGCCGGUUCUUGGCUCUUAGUGAGGUAUUGUUCAGGUUACGAAAGCAAGCAAAGGCCGGGCCAACUCUCGGCAUUGCUAGGUGGGCCCGGUUUGGAGCCAUUGACCGAUGGAGAGCGAUUAUUAUGUAAAGAACCGCUGGACCAAGUAGCGUCGCUGCAGGCUCAUGUGGAUAGAGAUGUGAUAGUAGCAACGACGGGCGGCACGAUGGGUCCGGGCAUACGCAACGUGUUUGAUGACAAGAACGGUGUGCGAAGAAGACAAUUUGUGGUUUUCAGAGACGAGGGCAUGCUGAGCGUAAGAUGCGAGGUCUGCGAGGCUAGACAGAUUCUGUCGGACACCAUACGAAAUGUGGCCGAAAAAGACCCGUCGAAGGUGUGUCAUGCGUUGAAGGCGCACUGCGGCUAUUAUGCUGGUAGUCGCGCUUCUUCGGACUCCGAGAGACAUAUUAGGAACUUGCAGCUCAUGCUGCCGGACACGGCGGGCCGCGUCGGCUUCGGCCUCGUGGGCAACGCCAAGGACACGGGCAAUUAUAGAGGAAACAAGGGCGGGCGGCCUAGAAAAACGGCUCCCGGUGGGAGUCGCGGCGCGGCCGGUCCGGGCCGGCCCCCCAAACAAAGGCAGAGGCCGAUUCAGCCGCUUGUGGGGAGACGGGCGGACGCGCUGGCGGGGCCCGUGGUCCCAGCACCGGACGUCGGGCCGACGGCCUCGGGCGAGCCUCGCGUGUUGGUGAAGGUACCGCUACGCGGCGGCCGCGUCGCGGAAGCUACCGUGACCUGGAAAACUACUGAGCCGAGGUGCGCCACGCCCGAAGCCUUCGCCGCAGAUGUGCAACAACGUUUUGAACUGGACGACAACGGCACGAAAGCGAUAGCCGCGGACAUUGCGAGGCAGCUCGCCGCACAUAGGGCCUACGCUGCUGCGUUGGCGCCCCCACCACCACCGCCGCCGGGGCCGCCGAUCGUGCCGUCAGCAUUGCCGGGCGCGCCGCUCCCGACGCAAGGCCACGCGAACCCGCCUCAAGAUCGCGACGUUGGCGUUGCACCUGUGCAAGGUAACGCCCCGCCGGGCCCGCCCGUCGUCCCCUCCGCGUUACCAGGCGCGCCCAUCCCGGAGAGCGCUUUGCGAGUCCCGCAAGCUCUCAAAAACAUCGCCUCGCACAACACGCCGGGCCCGAAGGCGUCUUCGUCCGAAGAAAAUGUACCUGAUAACAUGAAGGCGGCGGCGGACCACUUCCGUCAUGAGAGGCGGGACGACUCUUCGGAUGAUGAAGAUAUGGCGUGUCUAGCUUCUGAUAGUGAUAGCUCUGAUGACGAUGAUGACGAUCCGACGGGCGGCCAGGCGGCUGCGCUGGCGGCGGCUCGAGCGGCCUCGGACGAAGCGAUAAAAAGUGGUAAGAUCAAGGUGUGUCCUUUUGACGCGGCGUCGUUUGAUACCUGUGAAGCGUGCGGCCAGGGCGGCGACUUGUUGUGUUGCGACUACUGUCCUCGGGUCUGGCACGCCGCGUGUUGCACGAAAGGUGCGGCGUCCCAAAUAAUAAUAGACGGCGAGGAGGAGAAGAACUGGCGGUGUGGGGAAUGCGACUUCGACUGGGGGCGCUACUUCUCGCCUGAUUUGACCGAUGACCGCUACAAGGCGGCUCGGGCUGCUUGUCGAGCUUUGUCUCGUGAUAAAGACGACGCGGCCUGCGCGGAGGUGCGCGUGGCGCUGUUCCUGGAUUCAGUAAGGACCCAUGCGUUCCGCAAAUAUUUUGCUGAACCAGUGCCCUCCCGUAAUUUAGCUGGAUACGAGCACGUCGUCGCGAGACCCAUGGACCUGGGGACCAUUGAGAAGAGAUUGAAGUCUGGAGCUUAUGCCGGGUCCACGGGCGCGGCGAGGGCGGUGUCUGAUAUACGUGCGGUCUGGCAUGCCUGCGCUUUGUACAAUGAGCCGCGGUCGCCGAUCUAUCGAGCUGGUACUAUAUUGGACGGCAUCUGGACGCGGUGUCACGAAAAGGCCAUCGCGUCCACCCUGAAAGAGGAGCACUUUAACCUGCUCGAGCGCCAGGCCGGGGCCUUAGCAAGGGAGCGCGAGCAGGCGCCCCAGGUGUUCGACCGCUACGUGACGGCGGUGGUGGCGGGGCGGGCUUGAUCCCCCUUAGUCGUGUAACGAGUAUGCGCAC